UUACAACAGUUUGAAAAUGCGCAAGUUCAGCCUCCACAGUACAGAUCACCGCAAUGUAACAGAAGAGGAAAAUCUUCACAUCUGGCAUCUGAGGAACCCAGGCCAGAAUAUUCUAGCCAGUUUGACCGAAAAGAAUGUACAGAAUGAUACCACAUCCGACUGGAAUCGGCUUAAAAGGAGGAGGAAGGGGCUGUCUGAGGCCAUGAAUGACAUAGCUGCAUGGGUAGACGAGCAAAUUUUCAGACUAUCCCUUCAUGCUCAAAAACGCAGUUGGAAUAAACAAGAAGAGGAGUAUUGA